UAAAUGUCCGAGGAGGAUAGAACUCUUAAUCAGGCUUUACUAGAAGAGGCUAAGCAGCUGCAAGAAUCUUUUGACAGAUUCAUUGAACGUGUCGAAAACAGAAAGAAAUACCUAACCGCACGUAAAGAGCUUAUGGACAAUCACAGAGAGACAGUUUUCCAACAAAUUGAUGCUUACUACGACAUUCUCCAGCGACAGAUUGAAGAGAAGAGGAAUAAGGUCAAGGAACAGUACAAGUCUAUUGAGGGCAGGGAGAAGCGAAGACUAGGGUUUAUUCAGCUUCAGGUUCAAAACACUGAGGAAAAUAUUAAGCAAGUCGAAGAUAAUAUCCAAAACUUCACUGAGGAAUUCGAUUUGGAUAUGGAACACCAAGCUAAUAAGGCUGGAUACGAGAGUGUUAAGAGAGAAUUUGAGGAGUUAGAGAUGGAUCAGGAGAAAUAAAACCUACUUUUUGAGAAAUUCAAGGUUUGUCCCUCCUACAUUUGAAACAGUCAGUUCUGAUUUACCUGAUAUUAUGGAUAUUGGGAGAAUAGUUGAUAAUUGAGAGUUUUCUGAGCCCCUUAUUACCAUGAAUACUUAUAAUUUUGAGCUUCUUGAGUAUAAGCAAGAUGUCAAGGGAUUCCAGAAGGUUCUUGUCAAGGAUGAUAUGAAUUUGAUUCAGGACGUACCAAAAUAUUUCAGAAGCAUCUUAAUAUCCAGCGAUGAAAUUGCUAUUCUUGGAGGAUAUGAUUAUGCUAUCUCGAAUAGUAGCAAGAAAGUGUUCUUUGUAAUCAAUGGAAGACUAGUCAAAGGUAUUGCGAUGCAAUACCCAAGGCAAUACUUCUCGCUCUGUAUUGAUAAGGUAAAUUGCUUCUUGUAUGUUAUUGGAGGAUAUAACAAGGAAGAAGGAUUAAUUCCUUAUUGUGAAAGACUCAGUCUUAAAUCAAAGCAAUGGGAAGAGAUCGAGAUUCUCAACACACCAAGAAUGUAUAGCUGUUCUGCAGCUAUUGGUGGAACUCAUGUAUAUACAUUCGGAGGAAUAGGGCCACUAGAUUACCUAACUUCUAUUGAGAGAUAUAAUAUUGGCUUGAACAUCUGGACUGAGCUAAAGGUAAAGCUGCCAACUAAACUUAGCAAUGCUUUUGCAUGUAGUGUAAACGCUCAUGAAAUUGUCAUUCUUGGAGGAAUGAGACCAGUUACUUCAUCGACAUCAUCCAAAAGAUUCGUAGUAGAGAACACUGUGUAUUGAUUCAACACUAAGAAAUAUUCCUUUUUGCACUUGAAAUCUUUGCCAUUUUCUAAGAAAUUAUCAAAUAUCUCGUACGAGGGGAACGGAAAGAUAUUCUUGUAUAUUAUGCAUAGACAUUACGAAUAUCCUCAGAUAAUUAUGUACAAUCUGAACAAGAUUUAUCCUGAGUUUGACAGAUACGCUUUCACAAGAGAGAAGGAGAAGUGGAGCAAGGCUAAAGUCAAGGAGAAAAUCAACAGGAUCACUCCUGACUAUUACGCCCAUCCAGACCUGAGAGCCACUGAUACUAUUGAGGAUACUGAACGGGUCAGAAAGAACAGUACUAAUAACCGUAAGGAGAUGAUGGAAGAGCACCAAAUGAUGCAGGAGUUAGAUGUGAUCAAUCAGGACAAGAGAGCUCCUGAGAAUCCAGAUGACCCUAAUGGAAAUUUGAGCCUAUCAGCAGGCGAGAAUGAGAAGAUUAAUACAAAUUCAAUGUAUAGAAAUAUCAAAAUGAUAGAAGAAAGAGAGAGCAUGAACUACAACGCUCUAGGAGAAGUGAUCGAACAAGAAGAAGAAAAGAAAGAACCUUCUAGAUUAUAUCAUGUUGAGAGUGAUAGUUCAGAUAAUGAAGACCAAAACGAGUACGGCGAGAGUACACCAUAAUGAUUCAACCUCAUUA